AUGUACAAACUAGGAGGUUGCAGCAAAAAGAGCUGUCCCGAAUAUUUCGUGCAAACAAAUAGUUAUUUUUUAUUUGUCAGGAUAAUUUUAAAUGAAUAUUUUGAUCAUAGGAAAUUUCAGUUACUUUGUGCUGUGGAACAAAUUGAUGCCCUUUCUACUUUGGUGAAUGAAUGUUCAUUAGAUCAGAUUAAACAUUUACGUUCUUUAAUCGAACCUUUUUUUAAGAAAGAUUUCAUAAGGGAAUUACCGAAAGAGAUCGCAUUGUAUAUAAUGAGUUUUUUGUCUCCUUCUGAUAUUACUCGCAUGUCGUUGACUUGUCGAUACUGGCGCAGUUUAGCUGAAAACAAUCGAUUGUGGAAACAGAAAUGUGCAGAAGCAAAUGUAAAAAAAUAUAUUUGUUCAGUUUAUCUACUAAACAAGUAUUAUUUUUUUUUGCGAUUUUUUUCAGCACUGUGGAAGGCAGUUUACUUGCGGCAUCGGCGUAUCUUAGCUAAUUGGCGUUAUCGCCCACUCAGUGGAUCUUGCAUCUUAAAGGGUCACGAUGAACAUGUGAUAACAUGUUUACAAAUUCGCGGUGACAUAAUCGUAACCGGUUCAGAUGAUAAUACACUAAAGAUAUGGUCGGCUAGUAAAGCUACUGUAAAGCGGUUUUAUUUUUGCUUUCCGAUGGCUAUGUAUUUGCAACAUAUGUUACAGUUUGGUCAUACUGGAGGCGUGUGGUCGUCACAAAUACUUGCUACUGGAUCUCGUGAUACAACAGUCCGUGUGUGGAACAUAAAAGAGGGAACUUGCAAACGCAUUCUUGAAGGUCAUGUAGCAGCUGUUCGUUGUGUACAAUUUGAUGGUGUGCGUAUUGUUUCCGGGGCAUAUGACUUUUCAAUCAAGGUCUGGAAUGCUGAAUCUGGCGAAUGCUUGCACACUUUAACCGGUCACAGCAAUCGAGUUUAUUCAUUGUUAUUCGAUAGUGAAAGAGAUAUAGUUGUUAGUGGUAGUUUGGAUACAACUAUCAAAGUAUGGAAUAUUCGCGAAGGAGUAUGUGUACAUACUUUAAUUGGUCAUCAGUCUUUAACGUCAGGCAUGCAGUUAAGAGGCAGUACACUUGUUUCUGGAAAUGCUGAUAGCACAAUUAGGAUAUGGGAUAUUUCGGAUGGGCAAUGCAAAUAUACUUUAUCCGGUUCAAACAGACAUGCUUCUGCUGUGACCAGUUUGGUGUUUCUUGAGAACGGUUUAGUUGCUACAAGUAGUGAUGAUGGUUCUGUCAAGCUGUGGGAUAUAAAACACGGUGUCUUUGUGCGUGAUCUAGUUCGGCUUCGGUCUGGUGGUUCUGGUGGAUGUAUUUGGCGUUUAAAGGCGACACCGACAAUGUUAGUGUGUGCGGUAGGCUCACGUAAUGGUACCGAGGAUACAAAACUCAUAUUAUUAGAUUUUGAUGCGGAUUAUCCAUAG